UUAACUUUUAUUAUACCAAUCUUUUUUAAGUUAUACCAAGCGAUAAAACUUUUUGACUACCACAAUGUUUGUAGAAAAUUCUCAUGUCACAAUCUAAUAAAGGGGCCUUUUUCAAGCUUGUAUUUAGAUGGAAGUAUAAUGCUUUAGUUGGUCAGACGCAAAGAUACAUGUAACAAACUUUCCAUAACGUCAUCGAUAUACAUUUCACCAUGAUAGAUAAGCGGAGUGGAUUCUGACAGCAUCAGUCUAUCAGCUGCAGCUUUAUGUGAAGGUCACACAUCAAGCCUGUUUGAAAAUCAGCAGAUACUUUGUAAAUCUCUGCACAAUUCAUUGCCAUUUUACAAACGGCUCUUUCUUUAAUUGAUUUUCAGAAGAGACAGUCACAGGAUUAUUUCAAGUGAGUGAAGAGUUUCUCCAUAUUAGAGUGAGCAGGGAGAGGUCUGCUCCAAUGACCUAGAGCCACAUGCCAUGUAGCUGCAGGGUUAUGCAGACGUCCAGGUUUGGUGUGUCAUUGGUUGCAGCCCAGAGCUGGCACCAGCUCAAAGGGGAUGUUGAGAAAUGCUGCCCAUAUGGUGGCACUAUAAAAUCUAGCACGGACCACAACCAAAGACAAAGAUCCGUUCAGGACGCCGGCAUAGCAUCAAUUCGAAAACCACCUUUCCCACAGCGCCUGAGGAUUUUUUGCUCUCCAAGACGCCAAGGGGACCAGGACCAGUUGCUUAAAGGGGGAGGUCCUGUCGGAUUUGAUAUGAAUAUUCUGUGUCAUGUUGUGUUCCUGCUUCUGCUGGGAGUCAUUUCUUGCCAGAACAACAAUCGCAAUGCUAAGGCGGGUGGAAAACCUGCAAAGAAGCCCAACAGCCAAGCUAUAGAGGCGGCCCAGCAUGGCCCUGAGGAUGACCCAAACCCUGGGUUGGCAGGUGCUGCCGAUUCCAGUAAAGAAACAAAUCCCGGAGGUCGUGGCACCAGCCAACAAAGCGCAUCUGUCAACAAGCCUGUUGAUGAAAUGAAGCUGUACUUUCUUAAAAACACUUUAGUGACAUGCAACGACGGAACUGCCGCUGGGUUUUACCUAAAGGAGUUCAAAGGAAGUAAGAGAUGGCUGAUAUUUUUGGAAGGUGGCUGGUGCUGCUACAACAAAGAGACCUGCGAUUCCAGAUACAAAACAAUCCCCCGACUUAUGAGCUCAGCUGACUGGCCACAGACACGCAAAGGGAGUGGUUUACUAUCAACACAAGCUGAGGAAAAUCCUCACUGGUAUAAUGCCAAUAUUGUGUUUGUUCCCUACUGUUCAAGUGAUGUGUGGAGUGGUAACAAAGCAGCGCCAAAAUCCAAACAGGGAAAAGAAACAGAAUAUGCUUUCAUGGGAUCUCAAAUCAUUCGGGAGGUGAUCAAAGAUCUUGGCCCAAAAGGACUGAAACAAGCCAAAGUUGUGAUGUUGGCAGGAACAAGUGCUGGUGGAACAGGUGUGCUGCUGAACAUUGAUAAGGUGUCCAGUCUUCUGGAGCAGCAGGGUGCAGAUGCUCAGGUGCGCGGCCUUGUCGACUCAGGCUGGUUUCUGGAAAGUAAACAGCAAAAAGUUCCUGACUGUCCAGACAGUGCCUCCUGCACCCCUGUAGAUGCCAUAAAAAAAGGACUUCGGUUGUGGAGUGGUGUUGUUCCAGAAAAGUGCAAGCAGCAGUAUAAAAGAGGCGAGGAUUGGCAAUGCUUUUUUGGACACAAACUGUACUCCUACAUAACUGCUCCGCUAUUUGUGGUGCAGUGGUUGUUUGAUGAGGAACAGCUACGAGUGGAGAACAUUUAUAUAGGCGGCCAGUCACUCUCAGAGCAGCAGUGGACCUACAUGCAAAACCUGGGAAAAGAGUUCAAAAACUCUCUCAAAGAUGUUACGGCCGUGUUCGCACCCUCCUGUCUUUCCCACACUUUGAUAACCAAAAGUAAUUGGAUGGAUUUCCAGGUCAAGGGGACGUCACUUUCCCGUGCUCUGCAGUGCUGGGACAAAAGUCUUCAGGAGGCCACUAAGAACAGCAAAACCGCUCUGAAGGGCUGUCCCUUUCAUCUCAUCGAUAACUGUCAAUGGCCACAGUGCAAUCCAACUUGUCCAGCCCUGAUUGACCAGGCCACACAGCAGGAGAUGACUCUGCUCCAAGUCCUGGCCAGUAUGGGCUUGGACCUGCAAAAGCUCGGCUUGGAUGUAAGCAGGGAUAUUUCAGCCAGCAUGGUCAGCAACGGUGGCUAAAUUAGCAUUAGCGAGCGGUGGUGUUCUCAUCGACACAGUUCACCUCAUCCAUACUUUAGAGAUUGUUCAGUGGCUUCCUCUCUGGCCACUUCCAGAGAUGGACCUGGGUUUGUCUAGUGAACACGUCACUGGAUUUCAGUACCGACAGUCUGCCUUUAAAAACAUGUUCUAUCAACAGGAAUGAUUUCGGGUUCUCCAAGUGAGCGAUCCUGAGUGCCUCUAGACACAGUUAAUCAAUGGUUAUCACAACUGCUAAAUAAUCCAAUUCAUCACUUCAGUAAGAGAACUAGUGUCUAAAUUCAAUGUUUUAGCUAAAACUGUCUAAACAGCAUCAUGCUGUUCUAACCCUAACCUAAAAAGAGCUGAAUUUACUGUUAUUAAAUCUGAAGAAUCUACAAGUUGCAAAUCAACAAGGAUUUAGUAGGAUGUUUGUCUUUCCAUCGCAUUUUGGAGAAAAUCAGCGAGCAGCCUAAUAACUGCAUUUGUCUUCAAAAAAGAAAAAAAAGAAAAGAAAGAAAAACAUGACAGGACAGCAGAACAUUGCAGUAACCACAUUUUCCAAACUUCCUGCCACAAUACUUACUCUACGUUAUGUAUCUUCAUUAUUUUUUAGCAAGUGCAUGUUGUUUUAAGACAUUGUAGUCCAUUUUAUAGACAGGAGUCAUAAAAAUGGCAUACAUUGAUGUGAAUGGAUAAAUGUGGUAUCUGUUUAUUUUUGCCUUAUAUAUGCAUAAUAAGUGUGCAAUUACAUAUUUGACAACCAUCCUCAAAUACAAAAGAAAAACAUCUACUUUAAAUAUAAUUGCACAUCCACAUAAUUAUACUUCUUGUCUAUUGUCAUGAUCUGUAAUAUCCAUUAAGUUCUUUUGACAUUUAUAGUUUGUUUGAAUUCUUGAACACUAAUAAAAGACGAAUGGAAGCUUUUAUAUGUA